UUUAUAGCCAAAUGCUGGUGCAGCGCAGCCAGCAGAGAAUAAUCACAACGUGUUCGCGGACGACCUGACCGAGACUUCGACUUACGAGUGCCCGAGAUCCGUGUUCCGUGCUCCGAUCCGAUUCUAUCCGAUCUGAUCCGUUCUGUUCCGCUCCGGGGAAAUGUCAGCCACCAACGGCACGCACUACGAGCAGCUGCACCAGGGCCGCACCAAGAUGUACAAGUCCAAGGUGGACGUCGUCCUGGGCGCCCAGUGGGGCGACGAGGGCAAAGGAAAAGUGGUGGACAUGUUGGCCUCCGAUGUGGACAUCGUCUGCAGGUGUCAGGGCGGCAAUAAUGCUGGACACACUGUGGUGGCUAAUGGCACGGAGUUCGACUUUCAUCUCCUGCCCAGUGGAGUUGUGAACGAGAAGUGCGUUUCCGUCAUCGGCAAUGGCGUCGUCAUCCAUCUGCCCUCGCUGUUCGACGAGGUGCUGAAGAACGAGGCCAAGGGGCUGCAGCUUCCGGAGAACCGGCUGAUCAUCUCGGAUCGUGCCCACCUAGUGUUCGAUUUUCACCAGCAUGUGGACGGUAUGCAGGAAGCCGAAAAGGGCGGCAAAUCGCUCGGCACCACCAAGAAGGGCAUUGGUCCGGCUUACUCCAGCAAGGCCACUCGCAACGGCAUCCGAGUGGGCGAACUGCUCGGUGACUUCAACCUGUUUAGCGACAAGUUCAAGUCGAUUGUGGCCACGCACGUGCGCCUGUUCCCAUCGAUUAAUGUGGACGUGGAGGCGGAGCUGGCCCGCUACAAGGACUACGCGGAUAAGGUGCGUCCCUAUGUCAAGGACACCAUUUGUUUCCUGCACACCGCCUUGCGCAACGGCAAGACGAUCCUGGUCGAGGGCGCCAACGCGGCCAUGCUGGACAUUGACUUCGGCACGUACCCGUAUGUGACGAGCAGCAACUGCAGCAUUGGCGGAGUUCUCACGGGUCUGGGUCUGCCCCCGCAGACGAUUGGCGAGGUGAUUGGCGUGGUCAAGGCCUAUACGACACGAGUGGGCGACGGUCCCUUCCCCACCGAGCAGCUGAAUGAAAUUGGCGACUUGCUGCAGACGCGCGGCUUCGAGAUCGGGGUCACCACCAAGCGAAAGCGUCGCUGCGGCUGGCUGGACAUUCCGCUGCUGAAGUACACGUCGCUGGUCAACGGCUACACUUGCAUCUGUCUGACCAAGCUGGACAUUCUCGACACGUUGCCGGAGAUCAAGGUGGCCGUGGGCUACAAGAAGCCCAGUGGCGAGAAACUCGACCACUUCCCAGGCACCAUUGCCGAACUGGGAAGCAUUGAGGUGGAGUACGCCGUGCUGCCAGGCUGGCAGACAUCCACCGAGCACAUACGCAACUUCAAGGAGCUGCCGGAGAAUGCCCAGAGCUAUGUCCGGUUCCUGGAGAGCGAGCUGAGUGUUCCCGUGCGCUGGGUGGGCGUAGGAAAGGGUCGCGAGUCCAUCAUCAACGUGCAUUAACCAGCCAGCAAGUGUGCCGACGUACUUAUGCCUACGAUUUUGUGUAUAUGAGACGGAAACGCUUUAGAGCCCAUUAGCCAGAAACGGCCCUUAAACUAUCCAACCACAACUACAGACCUAACCCACAAAUACAACUAAUAUUUCGACUAUCUACAACAUUUGGACACAAAUUAUUAGCCUAUUGCUUCUUUAAGUUGUAUUUCUUAGUUUUGAUGUUCACAAAAUCAUUUGAAGCGGUGCCGUCCGGGGCUCGCACGCAUAUAUAUACUAUAACUUCUUGUUUGAUGAGGACGUACUUAGUUUUUAAGAUCAUCAGGUGCAGUUUCAGAUUUUUUGUAUGCAAAGGGAAGCAGAUAUUUUUUAUUGUACAAUAACUAAAUGAUGUUGUUUUAAUAUUUAAAUACAACAGUGUGCUCUGACUUGUGUAAUUGUGUCGCAAGGUAAAUACA